CCACAGCUUUCUGCAGAAAGGGUCCUGAUCAGAAAUGGUCAAUGUUCUCAAGGGAAUGCUGAUUGAGUGUUUCUUCUGCAUCUGGAUGAGACCAGUGCUUUAGGAAGGCGCUUCAUCCUCCAGGAUCUGGAUGACAUGCACCUGUUCAUUUCCAGCGAUAUUUACGACACCCUCCAGGCUCGCAUUGACGACUUAAUGGAUCAGAUCAGCUUCCCGUUGGUGGAGAAGUAAGUGCACUGCUGAACGCCAGAUCGUGUCCCUCCUGUGUCCACCGGGCCAGAGGAUGACGUCACGCGCGCGGGCCGCGUCGCACGUAGUACUGGACGAGGCGUCCCGCCGCCGUCGUCAACGGAAGGCGCUCGAGGCGCUCGAGCAGGACAACUUUCACGAUGACCCGCACGCCAACCUGGUGAUGCACAAGAAAGCGCCCAAGUUUGAGGAGUCGCUGGAUGGCAAGACCCGCCCCGACCGCAAGCGCAAGGCGCGCAGCUUCGAGUACUUCAAACAACGGUUCCGCAAGACAUUCUCGUCACUGCUCGAGGAGGAGCAACAGCAACAGCAACAGCAGCAACAACAACAGCAGCAGCAGCAGCAGCAGCCAGAGCCGCAGCCGCCCAGCUACAGCUCGGCGCGGGCGCCGGCCAGCAACCGACCGGAGCGCCGCCUCUGCGCCGUCUGCGGCUUCCCCAGCAACUACACGUGUGUGCAGUGCGGCGCGCGCUUCUGCUGCGUGCGCUGCCAGCACACACAUCAGGAGACGCGUUGUCUCAAGUGGACGUCAUGAGCGUGCCGGCGGCGGCCAGGGAACUCAGGCGGCCUGAGGGCGCCCCAUGAUGGCCGGCGGAUGUGGCCAGUCUGGGCCCCGAGGGCUAUCCAGGGUGGAAAGUCGGUGCUGUGGUCAGGGUGGCGUCCAGUGCGUGGCGUCAGCUCGCUUCGGUACGGAAGUGUUCAUUAGACCACGGGGCUGCGACGGUCAGAAUCAGCGUGCGCGCUUGUGAUAGGCGAAGUUGAGAAUUGAGCCCGUGAUUGUAAUUGUCUGUGUGGUGGAUGCGUAGCACAAAUUGCGCCCGCACAACAGUUCGACGUUUUAGUUGUGUACCAUGUCUGGUCGUGGUAUCUGUGGUCUCGGGUCUGUCUCAGUUCGGCCUUGCAUUUUGCAUUUCGCUCAAGUGCUUCAUGAUUGCUUUAACCACAACCUAAGGUUCCCCCAUGAGCAGAAAUACGAUCAGAUUAAGCUAGC